AUGGUGACAAGACUACCCAGAAAGCAGCAGUCUGGUGCAGCAGGUGACGUAGUUCAAGAUGCAGCCUGGAAUUCGACGGAUUUGCGCAAAGCUCCCCGGGACAUGAAUCGUAUUCCCGGAUCGACGGCGUCGAUGACGGUGCAAGAACGCAAGAAGGAUGCGCGCGCAUCCACAGACUCUUCCACAUCGUCUGCAGCUUGGUCGUCUCAGCUGGCAACAUCGUCAACGCUUCGCGGAAAGACAGCCAUACAGGCUAUGCAGCCGUUUCUCGAUUCGAGCACUACCUCCUCGUCGCCAAUCCAACCAACCGACAUCCAACUACUUACCAAAUCCAUCCUCUCGAACCAAGAACGACAACGCGUCAUCCUGUACUACCAAGAACAGCUCAUCCACUCUGAACCGUCUUUGAGCGAGUUGAAGAAAUCCUUGCUUUUCCUAUCCUCGUCUUCAUGGGGCCAGAUCUUGGAGGAACGAAAACUAGCCGAGAAAUGUUCGUACCCUCGAUGCUCGAAUGCGUCCCCCUCGCGUUCCGGUGCGACAAACGGCAGGUUCCGUAUCAAUCUGCGCAACAAAUCCGUCAAGGCGAUCCAGGAUCUUGAUCUGGGUGAAGCGGGAAAUACGUGGGACGAUUUGAAAGAGAUGUUUUGUUCCAAAAAGUGCUAUGCUCGAUCUGAGUGGAUUCUGCGAUGGGUGCUAGGCGAAUGUGAGAUCGGGUUAGAAAAGCGUGAUGCGCAAGACAGAGGUGCUAGAGGCGGUGGUGGAGUGUUAGGUGGAAAGUGGCAGAAGUUGACGAGUCAGGGUGGAUACGAGCAGGUCGAGCUGCUGGAAGAUAUCGAGCGCGAGUCCGGCUUGAAGCUGGAAGCCGGGGAGAUGUUCGUGGAUCGAGUAUUGGACAGCGAACCGCUGAAGCAAGAGGUAGCAGCCAAGACGAUGAGACAGGGUGCUUUAGAACCGCAGUCUACUGGUGCGGCUUGUCAGGUGACGAAUCUCUUGCAAGACUUGACCAUCGUUGAACGGCGCAAAGACUCUACGUGCGCGACACCAGGUGCGAGCGCUUGCACCAACAGUACCAAUUCAACCGCAUCGCAUACGAGCCAAUCCACUCCCACCUCAAAAACAGCGUACGACGUCGAUGUGCCCAACACUCUCGGGUCUCGUUUCACGCGCAACUGCACCGACAAAGACGAGCGAACCGACGACGAUACGCACCCAUCGUUCGAGCAGCGUCAACGCGAGAUAUCGCACAUUCUACGCUAUGCGUCUCUCGCCAAAGCAUCACGCUUGGUCUUGGACCGAGGUAUGGACAGCACGAGCGGCGCUGUGGACGAUGCGCAUCUGUCCGUCGACACGCGCGAUCGUAGUGACGAUCAAGAGCAUACACCUGUGCUGGACGCCCAAGCUGCAGCAGAACGUGCACAUCUACGCCGUAUCAUGGACGACGCGCUCGAUGUGCGUCGCGACCAACGAGAGUUGGGCCUGUUGGAUUAA